GCCCUCUCUCCUGUCCUCCUGGCGAAUCUUUCCGCUUCAAUUAUACCCGCCGUGUGAGCGGGCUGUGCUGAAGAAUGAAAAGGUGAGAUCUGCCUCCCCUGGGAUGACGGCGGCGCGGCACAUCUUCUGCACAUCGUGUGCCAUCUCGUCGCGGCGCUGCACUUCGUACGCCAUCUCGUCGCGCCGCUCUUUCUUUCUUCCUAGUAGUUCUUAGUGGUGGUCAAUUGCCGGACUUCUCUGCACGUGAUAGUCUUCUUCUUCCGGCUCUGCAGACCGAGCGCUGUCUUUGGUCCAUCUCUUAGCCUUGACGGCUGUGUUCCAGGCAAGCGGCGAAGAUGGUGAAGUUCACUGUGGAUCAGCUCCGCGGCAUCAUGGACAAGAAGCACAACAUAAGAAACAUGUCCGUGAUUGCCCACGUCGAUCACGGCAAGUCGACUCUAACAGACUCGCUGGUGGCGGCUGCGGGUAUCAUUGCGGCGGAGUCGGCGGGCGACGUUCGGCUGACCGAUACGCGUGCGGAUGAGGCGGAGCGUGGAAUUACGAUUAAGAGCACGGGGAUCUCGUUGUACUACGAGAUGGAAGACGAGGCGCUGAAGGAUUUCCACGGCCAGCGGGACGGGAACGAGUAUCUCAUCAAUCUUGUGGACUCACCGGGGCACGUCGAUUUUUCGUCCGAGGUCACCGCCGCUCUCCGGAUCACGGAUGGAGCCUUGGUGGUGGUGGAUUGCGUGGAGGGGGUGUGCGUGCAGACGGAGACCGUGCUUCGACAAGCUCUAGGUGAGCGUAUUCGUCCCGUGCUGACUGUGAACAAGUUGGAUCGCUGUUUCCUGGAGCUCCAGCUGGAGGGCGAGGAAGCGUACCAGACCUACCUCCGUGUGAUCGAGAACGCGAACGUUAUCAUGGCGACGUACGAGGAUGCUCUUCUCGGCGAUGUUCAAGUGUAUCCGGAGAAAGGGACGGUGGCGUUCUCCGCUGGUCUUCACGGGUGGGCGUUCACGUUGACCAAUUUUGCGAAGAUGUACGCGGCGAAGUUCAAUCUCGACGUCAAGAAGAUGAUGGAAAGGCUAUGGGGAGAGAAUUACUUCGAUCCGACGACGAGGAAGUGGACGAAGAAGAACACUGGCUCUGGAAAAUGCCAGCGCGGUUUCGUCCAAUUCAUCUAUCAGCCGCUGAAGCAGAUUAUCACCAGCUGCGUCAACGACAAGAAGGACGCGCUAUGGCCGAUGCUUCAGAAGCUUGGCGUGCACCUGAAGGCCGAUGAGAAGGAGCUGAGCGGCAAGGCGCUGAUGAAGAGAGUGAUGCAGACUUGGCUGCCUGCAGCCGAUGCUUUGCUGGAGAUGAUGAUCUUCCACUUGCCGUCGCCCGCCACCGCGCAGAAGUACCGUGUGGAGAACCUGUACGAGGGUCCUCUUGAUGAUGUGUAUGCCACCGCCGUGCGCAACUGCGACCCCGAGGGUCCGCUGAUCCUGUACGUCUCGAAGAUGAUUCCGGCGUCUGACAAGGGUCGUUUCUUCGCUUUCGGACGUGUGUUUUCGGGCAAGGUGUGCACUGGCAUGAAGGUUCGGAUCAUGGGGCCGAACUAUGUUCCCGGGCAGAAGAAGGAUCUCUUUGUGAAGAGCGUACAGAGGACUGUCCUGUGGAUGGGAAGGAAGCAGGAAUCCGUCGAGGAUGUCCCUUGCGGCAACAACGUCGCUCUCGUCGGCCUCGAUCAGUUCAUCAUCAAGAACGCUACUUUGACCGGCGAGAAGGAUGUCGAUGCUCAUCCCAUCCGAGCCAUGAAGUUCUCUGUGUCGCCAGUCGUGCGUGUGGCGGUCGAUUGCAAGGUCGCCUCGGACCUGCCGAAGCUCGUCGAAGGCUUGAAGCGGUUGGCGAAGUCGGAUCCCAUGGUUGUCGUCUCCACCGAGGAGUCCGGAGAGCAUAUCGUGGCCGGCGCCGGCGAACUUCAUCUCGAAAUUUGCCUCAAAGAUUUGCAGGAGGACUUCAUGGGAGGGGCCGAGAUUAGGGUUUCCGACCCAGUCGUGUCGUUCCGCGAAACGGUGUUGGAGAAGUCGUGCCGCACAGUGAUGAGCAAGUCGCCCAACAAGCACAAUCGGCUGUACUUCGAGGCGCGCCCGCUAGAGGACGGUCUGGCCGAAGCGAUCGAUGAUGGCAAGAUUGGCCCCAAGGACGAUCCGAAGGUGAGGUCGAAGAUUCUUGCGGAAGAGUUCAAGUGGGACAAGGACCUGGCGAAGAAGAUUUGGUGCUUUGGACCGGAGACCACAGGUCCCAACAUGGUGGUUGAUAUGUGCAAGGGAGUGCAAUACUUGAACGAAAUCAAGGAUUCGGUGAUUGCGGGGUUCCAGUGGGCGUCGAAGGAAGGCGCGCUUGCGGACGAGAACAUGCGGGGCAUCUGCUUCGAGGUGUGCGAUGUCGUCCUCCACGCGGACGCCAUCCACAGAGGAGGAGGGCAGGUCAUUCCCACUGCCAGGCGUGUGAUGUACGCGGCGCAGCUGACGGCCAAGCCUCGGCUGCUGGAACCUGUCUACCUCGUCGAGAUCCAGGCGCCUGAGCAGGCUCUCGGUGGCAUCUACGGUGUGCUUAAUCAGAAGAGAGGUCACGUGUUCGAGGAAAUGCAGCGCCCUGGCACGCCGUUGUACAAUAUCAAGGCGUACCUGCCUGUCGUCGAGUCCUUCGGAUUCUCUAGCACUCUCCGCGCGGCUACCUCCGGCCAGGCCUUCCCCCAAUGUGUGUUUGAUCAUUGGGAGAUGAUGGGCAGUGAUCCGAUGGAUCCGACUACGCAAGCCGGUGUUGUCUUGCAGUCCAUCAGGAAGAGGAAGGGACUCAAGGAACAGCCGACGCCGCUCACCGAAUUCGAAGACAAGCUCUAAAUCAUCGUGUUGCUGUCUACUCCUCUGCUGCAAGGAGAGAUUGUCACAAGUGCAGGUAUGAGGACGAGGGUGAGGUGCUCUCCAUCGUGUUGCUGUGUACUCCUCUGCUGCAAGGAGAGAUUGUCACAAGUGCAGGUAUGAGGACGAGGAUGAGGUGCUCUGCUUCUCCGCAUUAUGGAUGGUUCGACCACGAUGGUUUUUCUUUCCUGCAGGCAUAGCUGAUAGAAUAGACUUAAGUGGGUUGUUAGCACACCAAGCUUUUGCGUGUGUUUAAGAGAGAGAGAGAGACAGAGAGGGUGAAGUAGCCGGCCGGCCCCAAGUUUUGUGUUUUCUUUUUUAAUUCUUAAAUUCAAAAGAAAGAAAGGAAAGAGGGCUAAUGCGGAACCCACUGCACCGCGCCAACGACCGUACUGAAAAAGCCCCGUUUUCUGAAAAUGGGGAUUCAUAGGCGAAACUAGUGUCCUUGUGCCCGAGCAGCGAGAAGACCACGUGCGUGUGGGUACUCGACCCGCGUGGUGGUGCUCAUGGAGAGCGCGCACUUCUGACGCUUAACGUAAGUCUAUAACGUCAGGUUUUUUGGACGAGCCUAUGGUCUGUAUCUUGCGGAGCCAAACCUAGCAGAGAGUGUUAUGUGUGUUAUGCUCCAUGGGAAGAGGUAUUGGGAGAUUUUCGUGUGCGCUGAGCUUUACGUUUCUGUUUCUUUGAUACUCAAUUUUUUUCUCUGAAUUGUUUUCAAACGUAGAGGGAGGAGUCCGUAGGUUGUCUGCGACUGUUACGCAUGCCAGCAGAGUUUUUCGGGGGAUGUCGUCGUUCAUCGUAGAAGAUUUAGAUACAUUCUUUGUAUUGUCCGAUUCCUGUUUUUCUUUCUUCUAUUCUUUAUGGUCGGGGCGGAAGAGUCCGUGAUGGAGAGGAAGCAACAAGUUGGCACGCCUCGGAAUGGAAAAACGGAAGUUCAUUCUCUGGAUUAAUAUGGUUAUUCAUCAAUUAGGACUGGCAGAGUCGUUCGAGGGUCGUAUGCGAGAGUGGCUGCUGAGUGUGGAAGCGUUUCCCGGCUAACUUUUUUGCAACAACGAUGUCUUUUUUCUAGUGAUACAAUUCCUCUGUAAGGCAUCUUCGUGGAUGGUAUGGAUAUUUUUAAUACGAAUAUGGGUGCAAUUCCUUUCCUGGAUUCAUUCAUCAGAGGGUGGAGGUGUCUCUCAUCUCAUAGUCUUCAAUGAAAGAAGUAAGACGGAAGGAUUCUUUUGUUGCGGUCAUAAGGCUUCGCUGCAGAUCGUGUUCUGUUUUUUCGUCUUUCGGUUUGGAGAGGAUGUAAUGGGGGAAGGGCGUAUUCCUUGAAUGUUGUUGUAGACAUCGGUUAAGUGGUCCGGGUGGAGGAAGGGCGUAUACUAGAUGGUGUUGGGGGAAGGGCGUAUACUAGAUCUGAGACAUCCAACGUGUAAGAUCUGAGAAAAUCACGAUCCCUCUUCGCCUUUUAGAUGGUGUUGUAGACAUCGUAGACAUCGGUCCUUUGCGCACUAACGAAACGCAAAAUUGUGGAGUGUCUUCUUCACACUGGUGUCAAGAUCCAUCUGUUACUAUUUAUUAUAAUACCGGAUGCAUCUUUCCACCAUCCGUGCCACGAUGCACUUGCCAUUUCUCUCGCGCCGUGAGUAGUGUACCGAGCCCCAUCGUCGUUUGGGAAUCUUUAUCAGUACGCUCUAAAUUUGGAGGCCUGUCUUCCGUUACUACGUGGCGCUGGCGGAACUGAGUAAAGGAGAAAUCUUGACUGACCGAAGACGGUUCACAUGCUUCCAUACGUGUUGAGUGUGAGCGUGCUAAGAACGUCAGGAUCAAUGAAUAAGAAAACGGUUCACACGCUUCCAUACCUGUUGAGUGUGAGAGUGCGGAUCAUGUGAGCAUGCAGCACACGAACAGCAAGGGCGACAGAAUUAAAGUAGGGAGUGAAAACCUAAUCUAAUUACAAGUUGUGCUCCCCUGAAAAAACUCCGCAGAGUUUAAAGUUUCCGACUCUAAUUAUAGUUUUGUACGCUGUGACCGCGAUAGUUUUUUUCCAUGGACCACUCAUGCCCAACGAAUGAGUAAAAUCUUCGACAGUCGCUUGGUUACAUGAGCUAUUGUGGAGUGCCGUGGCAUUUCUACUAGUCCGUCCGUCCGUCCUACUUAGGGUGCGUUAUUCCCCAGGAAAGCAUCGGCUUCUAUUUUUAGUUACCCGUAGCAACGGAAAACUAGGGCGCUGUUAGGGUUUGAGUUUGAAAAUGCGCUUCAGUAGCGAUUUCGCGGAUGAUGUGCGAAACCGAGGAAAAUUUUGAAUGCAUACCUAACUCUAUCCUCCGGGGUCCGGUGAUGCAGUGGCAAACCGAGGAAAAUCGUGAAUGUAUACGGCAUAAGCUUCUUCUAGGGACGGGUGGGGAUGUGUUGUAUUCGAGGAUGCCCAACUGGAUUUUAAACUGAAAUCGUGACUGCGCCCUACCUUCUGCCCCUGAGUACAACGUACAGUCAUUACAGCUGUAUUGAGGGUAUCUUUCAGUCUAAAUACGGCUAUAACGACCGUAUGUUGUAUUUGGGGGAAGAAGGUAGUUACCUCUUGUAGGAACGGUUUGCUAUUUCCAGCAUCUGCGUGACGAUACACUCGUCCUCUUUCUCGCUCCCUGAGUACUGUAGGGAGCGCCAUCCUUCGGGAAUCUUAUCAGGAUGCCCAAAUUUAGAGGCCGGUCUUGUCAGUAUGCCCAAAUUUGGAGGCCGGGCUUCCGUUACCACGUGGCUCAGGUGAUGGGUUCCCCUGAAACUGAGUAAAGGAGAAAUCGUGACUGAACGUCGCCUGAACCCUGCUGUCUCUUGAUUCUGUUGGAUGAUGGCGGACUGAAUGUAAGGAUGAAUGGAUAGCAAAGCGGGUCCGCAUAUUUCCAUAGAGUGUGAGAGUGCUAAUCAUGUGAGCAUUCAGCACACGUCAAGCGAAGGCGACAGAAUCAUGUGUUUAGGGAAUGCGCAAAGUUGCGAAGGCCUAAUCUAAUGAUGAGUUGUGCUCCACCGAAAGACUCUUCGGAGAAGUUUCCUGAUCUAAUUAUAGUUUUGUACGCAGUGUGACCGCGAGAGUUUUCUCACAGCGACUGGGUAACCUUCUCCGCUUCCGUCUGAACUGGUUAUUAGAGCUCUACUGUCGAGUGCGAGAGUGCUACCGCCUUCCCCCAAACAUAACGCACCCUAAAAAUGAAUGUAUACAAGCCAU